AACACCUCGUCUGAUUCCCUCACCCUGGCUCCUAUCUGUACAUUUACCGGCCGCUGUAAUACCCGAAAUCCCUCGCUGAAAUGGACGAAACGAGCCCCCUCGUCUCUCCUCUCCAGGACUCCAUAGAUUACAACUACUGCCAGAGCGAAGCCACCGGUCCAAGAACUCCGGGUUCUGUGGUGCGAGUGUCGGCUGGGAGCCCUGGACGCAGCCGGGAGAGACAGCCGCUUUUGGUCAGGGACAGAGGGAACUCUCCGCGGGAUCCACACAGGAAUGAGUUUCCAGACGACCCAGAGUUUCGGGAGAUCGUGAGGAAAGCAGAACAAGCCAUAGAAGAAGAGAUCUUUCCAGAGAUCAUCUGCCAAGGAUCUAGUGGUAGCUACUUCGUGAAAGACUCUCAAGGGAACGUAAUCGGUGUGUUCAAGCCUAAGAACGAGGAGCCGUAUGGUCAGCUGAACCCAAAGUGGACCAAGUGGCUCCAGAAGCUGUGUUGUCCCUGCUGCUUCGGACGGGACUGUCUGGUCCUGAACCAGGGCCAUCUGUCUGAGGCCGGGGCCAGUCUGGUAGACCAGAAACUACAGCUCAAUAUCGUGCCAAAGACCAAGGUGGUGUAUCUGGCCAGUGAUACGUUUAACUACAAUGCUAUAGACAGAGUCAAGUCUCGGGGAAAGAGGCUAGCUCUGGAGAAAGUUCCCAAAGUUGGACAGCGCUUCAACAGAAUAGGCCUCCCUCCUAAGGUGGGAUCAUUCCAGUUGUUUGUGGAGGGCUACAAAGACGCAGACUAUUGGCUAAAGCGGUUUGAGGCAGAGCCUCUUCCAGAGAACACCAAUCGGCAGCUGCAGCUUCAGUUCGAGAGACUGGUGGUCCUCGACUAUAUAAUCAGGAACACAGAUCGGGGGAAUGACAACUGGCUGUUAAAAUACGACUGUCCAAUGGACACAGAAAAGAACCGGGAGACAGACUGGGUGAUGGUAAAAGAGCCUAUUAUCAGACUGGCAGCCAUAGACAAUGGUCUUGCCUUCCCAAUCAAACACCCUGACUCCUGGAGAGCCUAUCCAUUCUACUGGGCGUGGUUAUCUCAGGCUAAGGUUCCUUUCUCUGAGGAGAUUAGGGACCUGGUUCUGCCAAAACUGAUCGACCCCACCUUCAUCAAAGACCUGGAGGAAGACCUCUACCAACUCUUUAAGAAGGAUCCAGGCUUUGACAGAGCACAGUUCCACAAACAGAUAGCUGUGAUGAGAGGACAGAUCUUGAACCUGAGCCAGGCCCUGAAGGAGCAUAAGACCCCCCUACAACUGGUCCAGAUGCCCCCAGUCAUAGUGGAGACAGCCAGAGCACCACAGAGAGCCAAUAGUGAGUCCUACACACAGAGCUUCCAGAGCAGGAAACCCUUCUUUACCUGGUGGUAGAGGAGGAUGCCAAGUAGAAGAGGAGGUAAGAGGGGGAGAGACUCGAGAUGGAGGAAGACUGUAUAGCACUGGAGCAGAAAGAGAGGAUAGUGAGAAGCGAGACAGAUGAAGAGUAGGGAGGAAGAAUGGACCAGAUUGAGAGACUGCAGAGGAGGAAGAAGAGCACCGUUCAAAAACCUCUGCCUUCAGUUUCAUCAGCCAAUAAAGCUCUUCCCUGCUCAUAGCCAAUAGGAAGCCAGAUAUGUUUAUACCUUCCCUGGACCCCAUCAGACACAGUUGUGCUGUGACUACAGACAUAAGAGAGAGAGAGAGUAGUGUCAACAUUCUGUGUCUUACAAAUGAUAUUUUAAAAUAAAUAUAAAGGGGUAAAGAAUGGAAUGUUAAGACAGUUGGGUAGCCCUGCACUGGUAGUUGGCUGAAAGAGAUGAUUAUAAAGACCCAAAACUGUGAAAGACUCCCACUGUGGCAGAGGUUAGGUUCCCAUUGCCAACUGAUGGUUGUAUUUAUUGUAGCGUUCUCCUUCAGUGACUAGUUAAUACUUUUUUAUUUUAUUUACUAUCAUUACAAAAUGUCUAAAUAUGGUAGUCCAAUCAAAUUCAAGUGCACAGAAUAUCUUUUUACCUAAGGUUAAACAUUUUAGCCCCAAUUGGUCACUUUCCUUACCAAGUUACAGCCUUCUAGCAUCUCUUAUGGCCACUGAAGCAUGACAUUACCAUGAACAGUAUGGCUUGUAGCUAGCAAGUAGAGAAUAAGUCAAGUGUCCUGAUAUUUGUAGCUAUAAUCUUUAUGGUCUGUUAGGGUUGCAACAUUCCAGUAACUUUCUCAAAGUUCCUAGGUUUUUCAGAAAUCGUGGUUGGAAAAUUACGGAUUUUCUGCUGUUACCCUUCUGAUUCCAGGAGUCUUCCAACCAGAAAAUCUAGGAAUGUUGUGAAAGUUACUGUAAUUUUGCAAUCCUAUGGUGAUAUGUAUGCAUGUAUGCUGCGGUCAGACAUUCAGCAUUUUGGGUCUUAUUUGAAUGAGUGUCUUCCUUUGACCCAGAAGAGCCUGACCACAGGAGGUUGGUGGCACCUUAAUUGGGGAGGACGGGCUGGUGGUAAUGGCCGGAGCGGAAUCAGUAGAAUGGUAUCAAAUACUUCUGAAACAUAGUUCCCAGGUGCCAUUCCAUUUACUCCAUUCCAGCCAUUAUUAUGAGCUGUCCUCCCCUCGGGCAGCCUCCACUGAGCCUGACUGAAGUAGCCUGGUUAAACCAGAAUGAACAUAGCGCUCACCAUUGUUUCACUUCAUGAGUGCAGUGUUAAAUAUGGGUUAACCAGGCUAUGACAGAAGGGCCACGUUACAGGUGGUACUAACUACUCAUACUGGGAUUGAAGUUUGUACUGCAGAUUGAACUGGGCCAUGUUCAUUAGGGCACAUUGUGGGAAAAUGUUUUGCAACAGAAAACAAAAAUAAGCAUGUCUUAUUGGACAAGGCCAGAUGGUACCUUCUGAUUUCACUCCUUUUUGGACACUUUUCUUUCAUUUUGUGCCUACUGAACAUUAACCCGGUAACAGUGCCUGUUGUGUUACGGGCAUCUGCAUGUGAUGGCAGCCCUGUGGCGCCACCUAUGGGACGACUGCAAUGUACUGUCUCAGAAAUGCACAUUGCCUGUUUCCUCACAUCUUGUUUAUGUAAAUGUACAUUUCCUGCUGUAGUAACCAAACUGAUGUAUUGUAUUGACAAUGCACAGGAGGUUGGUGGCAACUUCAUUGGAGGGGCUCGUGGUAAUGGAUGGAGCGGAAUGGGUGGA